AUGAUGAUUUCAGAAUAUGACAUCACAUAUACCGUGCAAAAGUCAAUCAAGGAGAGCAUAGUGGCUGAUUUCCUAGUUGAUCAACCAAUCACCAUUGGAGACGAUGACGAAGAGAUGAUCUUUCCAAAUGAUGAGAUCAUGGUUGUUCAAUCCGAAAACGUGGAAGUUAAUGUUCGAUGGCGCGUCGGGCAGACAUGGUUACGACAUUGCCAACGAGAGAGGAUUAACAGAUUGGAGGUUAUUGGAGACUCGAAACUUAUAAUCUUACAAGGCAAUGGAGAUUGGCAGGUCAAAGACGACAAUCUUAAACCUUAUAAUUCUUUCCUCAUGCGUUUAAUCGCCAAAUUCGAAAGUGUCGUUUUCAUCCAUGCUCCAAGGAGUCAGAAUCGUUUCACUGACGCCCUUGCAACUCUCGCGACAAUGACUCAGAUUCCCGAAGGAAUCAAGAUCAAGCCCCUCAAAAUCCAACAGAGGUGCAAUCGCAUCUAUGAGAAACUAGUGGUUGCUAACACUAGUAUCUCAAGCAAACCUUGGUUCGAGCCCCAUUCACUCAUAUAUCGAAAGGAGGAAUACCCUUCCCCUUUUCAGAAGAAAGAGCGUCGCGCUCUCCGUCAGUUUGCCACUAGCUAUGUGGUUGUGGCAGGAUAUCAGACGGAAUCUACUACCAUCAUGGAAGAAUUGCAUGCUGGGAAUUGCGGUUCCCACAUGAAUGGCAUGGCUCUUGCUAAGAAACCAUUUUCUACAUGGGGAAUUGACAUCAUUGGGAAAAUCCACCCUCACGCGUCCAAUGGCUAUGAAUUCGUAUUGGUCGCUAUCGAUUAUUUUACCAAGUGGGUUGAGGCUUCUUCAUUCAAAAUCCCCAAAUCCUCCCACGUGGCAAAGUUCAUUCGCAAUAAUAUCAUUAGUCGAUACGGGGUUCCCCAUUCGAUGCUUUUUGAUAAUGGACGGCACUUUCAAGGUAAUGUGCUCGAACUUUUAAGAGAAUUCAAAAUCGAGCAUCAUAAGUCUUCACCAUAUCGACCGCAAACCAACGGGGCAGUCGAGACUGCUAACAAGAACGUGAUCUCAAUCUUGAAGAAAACCACACAAACAUAUAGGGAUUGGCAUGAGAAGCUACCCUAUGCUCUGUGGGGUUACCGAACCACCGCUCGGACUUCCACAAGAGAAACUCCUUAUUCGUUGGUAUAUGGCAUGGAGGCAGUUCAACCCAUUGAGUUGGAGUUGCCUACUCUCAGGGUUCUUUUGGAGAGCCACGUCAUCGAGGAAGAUUGA